GAGAAAGUAAUUCAAAGUAAUUGCUACAUAGUUUCUCUAAUCUGUGAAUACUUUACAAGUUACUUCAUUUCUUGCUAAUAUUUGAGUUUUGUUUACUUGGUAUUUGUUUAUAUUUAUUGAUAAACAAUUUAAAUUAAUGUAAGAAUUGAUAGUGUUUGACUAAAAAUUUGUUGGUUUUUGGUUUUAUUUGGCUUUUAAUAAUUGAAGCUAAAGCAUUAGUGUUUUUUAAUAUUUUUGUUCAUUGUGGUGUUGGACGUUCAUUAAAAAACUUGGUGCAUUUUACUGCAUAUGCAGCAAAAUUUGUGGGAAACACAAAAAAACUUUGUUAGAAAUGUCGGACAAUUUUAUUCCACUGUCUCAAAGUACUCCCGUCCAUGGAAAGUGGUCAGCCCAAAAUCACAAUCAAAGAUAUCAAAACAAUCGACAUCACAAUGGUCAAAGACGCGGUGGUUACAAUAACAGAUGGAGCAAUGGUUCUCAAAGGAAUAACAGUUAUGAGAGUGGGAGUAACAGCAGUUAUGGACAAGAUAGCCGAUCCAAUAUUGAUGCUUACCUCCACCCUUCCAUGUUACAAGAUCCAUGGAGCCAACUACGACAGAAAAUGAAAUGAGUGUGUGAUAUAAGCUAUAAGUUAUUACCAAAUAUGGCAGUGAUAUGUACAUAUACUACAUUUUAGCGCUGCUUAGAAAUGUUUUGAUAAUGGUUGUGCUAAUUUUAAUAAAUAUUGUCUAGGUUAAGCAAA